CGAGUGACUUUACAACACAGGAAAAAGAGAAAUUAUUCAGAAGACACCCCUCUUAAGCCUUUUUUUUUUUUUAAUUUUUAUUUAUUUUUAAUUUAAGGGAUGCUGCCAAAUAUCAGCUAUAAUCCAUUUUAUAAGUGAAGAAAGAAGCGAAUACAUAAAAAAAUUCAAUCUGCUCAUGACACUGCAGGAAAUAAGCCUAAGCCCCCAUCAUGAGGAAGACUCCUUCCAUUCUAAUCGGUCAAGUGCAUCAACAAUUGCCUUACGGAACUCACCAUUGUGGAGAAGGAAGGAGGAGACAUGCCCUCCGGUAACCCAUCUUACUUCUGAACCUGGCCAUGCCUUUUCAAGCUCCAAAACAGAGUGCUUCGGUAUGUAACCAUCAUCCUAUAGUCACAUGAUUAAAAUUGAAGGAUAAAUGCAAAGAUUAAACUUUGGAGAUCAAU